AUGCCGCGAUCGAAUUUACACCCCCAGGGUCCGCCGGACUACGAGUUCUUGCCGGAUUGGUAUGGGGUUUUGGAACUGACCAAAGAGGCCUCUGCAUCCGCUAUACGUACUGCGUAUAAGCGGCUUGCGUUCCAAUAUCACCCAGACAAAACGCUCGACGAAAAACUGAAACCUGAGAUGACAAAAAGGUUCACUCAGAUACAGGAAGCCUACGAAGUUUUAAGCGAUUCUCGCCGUCGCCGAGAGUAUGAUGAAGAUCUUACUCUUGAAGGCAAAAUUCUUGAAGACUGGAGACGGACACAAGACGUUAGGGAACGGGCCGCGCGAAGCCGCAAGGCUCAGACUCGUCAUCAGGAAGAAGAACGGAUUAGAAGAGCGGAGGACAGACAGGCUGAAAAGGAUUAUCUAGCGGCGAAGAAACAGGAAGAAGAUCAACUAUUUGCUGCUAUGCAGGCACAAAGCGCCCGGAAACAACAUGCUGCAGACCAAGAAAGGAGAAAGACAACAAGCCAAGAUACAGACCGUCAAAAUGCAGACCGUCAACGAAGGAAAGAAGAUGAGAGAAGGCAAAGGAGGAUGAAAGAAGACGACAUGUAUCGACGUGAAGCUGAGCGCAAGGACGCUGAGAAGUUACAACGGGACGACGACCAAAAGCGAUUUGCAAGAGACCACGAAAAGCGCACACGGGAUAGGCGACAUGAGCGUGGCCACAAAGUUGACAUGAUGCAACAAUUCCCCAUUGAUGAUAUCCUUGACGCUGAGCCCGCACAUUUCGGUGCUGGAGAUCGUGGCAGGUCUUCAAAAGAGCGACUUCGUGAUCCAACUCUACACGUUCCUGGAGAAAAGCCAAGGGAUCGCUCUCGUCAACGCAACGGCUCCCGUCACCGUGAGCAAGACAGAGAGUCUGAGUUCACAACUCGUGAUUUUGAGCACAGCCGCAGGCACCGAUUCUACGCAGAGGGAGGCGGAAGACGCAUGUCGACGGAGCCGAUUCAAGAAGAAUAUAUGCGAACGGCCGCAUCGAGUCUCUACGGCUCUCCUCCACAUCCAUACUCCGUCCCACGAUCCGCCGCUUCAUACUCCCCUCCACCUUCUCCAAGAAUGAGACAUAGCAACCCGACGAUGAAUACAACACACAAUUUCCAAGGACCGAAUAAAGGACGUGAUCGCACACGAGACCGACCUGGUGAGAGGCCGCGAAAACAUUCUGAGGCUGGUCUCUACUCCAGAGACUCGUUUCCUUCAAGUAUCCCCGAAGAUGUUAACAGCUCCCUCCCAGGCAACCGUGACUCCGGCUACUCCACAUCCUCGGCUGGUACAACGGUGCACCCUGGCACUGGACCACAUCUAUCUGCUGAGAACCUCGAUCCUGCUGCGUACGGUAUGAACGGCAAAAAGUACAAAGCUAAGGUUAUGUACGUCACCGACUCUGAGGAAGAAGAUGGAGCCAGCACUAUCGGCAGAACCCGAACAUCCAAGCGCGCGACUAAACAGUCUUCCCGCGAUGAUCCUCUAUCCGCGUACGCACCUCGACACCAACCUACUGUUGAGUUGGAUGAUGAUCCGUUCUCCUAUAUGCAAACUGGAUCCAAGACGUUCCCGUUUACUCAUAAAGACGUCAACUACGGCGCGAAGCUAUCGCAAGUUCACACCCGAACCAAUAGCGACCAAUCGGCACCAGGUAUCCAAAUUGAUUUCAUUAAUGAAGGCAUGGCGGGUAUGGGUAUGGGUCCACCGGGCCACAAAUCCCGUCAUGCACCUACCGUAGGCGGAUCUGGCGGGCUCCCGACAUUCAGUAGACACCAAACCUGGGCAGCUUAG